CCCACCCGCGGGUGAUUCCCGAGCCCGAGGCCCCUCCCGAAGCCGCCGGGACCCCCCAAAAACCCCAAAUUUUUUGGGCGGGAAACCCCGAAAUCCACCCCCGCCCCUCCCCCACCCUGGGAAAACCCCCAAAUUAAUUUUUAAAAUUAAUUUUAAUUUUUUUUUUUCCCCCGGCUUUUAAUUAAUUUAAUUUUUUUUUUUCGCAUCCUCGCCGCUCCAUCCCCGCCCCUCCCCCACCCGUGGGAAUAUCCCCGACCCCCCCCCCCCCCCAAAAAAAAUAAAAUUUUGGGGAGGGGUCCCGCCCCUCCCCCACUUUAAUUUUUUUAUUUUUUGGGGAAUUUUUGGGAUUUUUCCCGGAUUUUUGGAAGGGGAAUUUUGGGAAGAUCGAGCGAGAUGCCACCCCCGCUGCUGCCCCCCCUGCUGCUGCUGCUCCUCGCCGGCUCCGCCCGCGGCGCCGUCCACGUCAACCUCACCGAAGGCUGCCAGAUCAUCCACCCUCCGCGGGACGGGGGGAUCCGGUACCGGGGGCUGACGCCGGACGAGGUUCGGAGCGUCCGGUUCCUGCCCUUCGACUACGAGAUCGAGUACGUGUGCCGGCCCGAGCGCGAGAUCGUGGGGCCCAAGGUGCGCAAGUGCCAGCGCGACGGCACCUGGACGGCCAUGGGCCACCCCAGCCGCUGCCUGCGGACGUGUCCCAAGGUGCACCUGAGCCUGGAGAACGGGCAGGUGGCCGCGGGGGCCAUGGAGCGCGUCCCCGUGGAGGGCACCUGGGCCAGGUUCUCCUGCCAGCCCGGCUUCCGCCUGGUGGGCGCCGCGCGCAGCAACUGCACCAAGAGCGGCCGCUGGAGCGACCCCAAGCCCCAGUGCCUGCCUCACCGCCCCCUCCUCAGGUGA